AUGAAAACCAGGGAUCCAAACAUAGCUUACCAGCUCCUACGCCAUGAGAUUGAUCGAGAUACCCGUCCUCAGUUUAACCUUGCGACAUUCGUAUCGACAUAUAUGGAGCCUGAAGUAACUCGGCUUAUUACUGAGAGCUUGCCCAAAAAUUUUGUCGACUCCAAAGCGUAUCCUGUUUCGUCACAAAUCGAAGCAAGAUGUCUUCGCAUACUCGCCGAUAUGUACCACGCUCCAAGAGAAGGCAAUGUUGAUCCUGUUGGUGUUAGCACUGUUGGUAGCUCUGAGGCAAUAAUGCUUGCAGUACUGGCUUUAAAGACAAAGUGGGCCAUCCGUCAAGAUACCUCUCAAAUCAAUCACAGAAGGCCAAAUUUGAUCAUCAGCUCUGCCGCACAAGUGUGCUGGAAAAAAGCAGCGCGGUAUUUUGAAGUGGAUCUUCAAUAUGUUCCAUGCUCUAAUGAUCGGUUCGUUCUGGACCCUCUUCAGGCUGUGAACCUGACAAAUGAUGAUACAAUUGGAACCACAUAUACUGGAGAAUAUGAAGACGUAAAGGCUGUGAAUGAUCUUCUUGUGGAACGUGAUCUCAAAAUACCCAUACAUGUGGAUGCCGCUAGCGGUGGAUUUGUGGCACCUUUUAUAUCACCGGAGUUAGAGUGGGACUUUCGGCUUGAAAGGGUAUCGUCUAUCAAUGUCUCAGGUCACAAAUAUGGCUUCGUUUAUGCCGGAAUAGGGUGGGCACUUUGGCGCUCCAAGGAUGAGCUUCCGAAUGACCUCAUAUUUCACCUCUCCUACCUAGGAGCAGCACAAGCAUCAUUCACGCUUAACUUCUCGAAAAGCUCGUCUCAUGUUAUCGCGCAAUACUAUCUAUUCAUCCGUUUAGGCAGGAUGGGUUAUUACAAUAUUCUUCGGCAAAUCAUCGCUGUGGCUAGCCAUUUAACACGCUCACUUCAUAAUAUUGGCUUUCUCGUUUUGAGCAAAGCAGAUGGAGUUCAUGGUAUCCCAGUGGUUGCGUUUCGGUUGAAUCCCAAAUAUAGAAUUGGUUUUGAUGAAUUUGGUCUAGCAAAUAUGCUGGAUAAAAGAGGCUGGCAUGUUCCAGCUUACAAUAUGGCAGAGGGCGCAGCUAAUAUAACUUUGUUGCGCGUAGUAUGUCGGAUGGACUUCACCCUAACUCACUGUGAGCACUUCAUCGCCGACGUCAAGUCAAUACUGUUAGAGGAAACAUAG